UUUUCCUUAUUACCUCGUGUUUUCAGUUUUGUGUACCAUCUGAUAGUGCAGCUGUUUCCAUAUAUUUAACCAUUUUCCUCUCAGUGGACCCUUAAGUUGCUUCUAAUAAUAUAUCCUUUUACCUUGUAUGAUUUUGGGGAUGAAAGAUCAAAUCAUUAAUAUACUACUCAUUUUAUAAUUCAGGUAACAUGUUAUUGUUCUUAGUUGCCCUUGAGUCGAUUCCAACUCGUGGUGACCCCAUGCGUGCAGAGUAGAACUGGUCCUUUGGGUUUUCAAGGCUGUGACCUUUCAGAAGCAUAUCGCCAGGCCUGUCUUCUGAGGCAUCUCCAGACUGAAGAAAUAUGGAUACCAUCACUACACUAGGUGCUAUUUUUACCAGCUUUGUCAUCUGUCAGCUUAUUUUCCACUUUGUAAGUUCUUGGUUUUCAGCAAAAGUUUCUCCACGUUUUAAUGAUCUCAGCUCGGAAAAGAAGAUUAAAUGGAACUCAAGGGUGGUAUCCACAUGCGAAGCUCUAGUGGUUGGAAUUUUUAGCCUGUGUAUUUUUUUAUUUCAUGAGGCUGCUACAGUUAAUCUGCAUUGGGAUGCUGCAUGGCUUGGGAAUGUGAAUAUUGCUAUUAUUACAGGCUACCUCAUUUCUGAUUUGUUGCUUCUCCUUUUCUACUGGAGAGUGAUUGGUAGGAUUUAUUUUGUAAUUCACUCUUGCGCAGCGCUGUAUCUAUGCUUCCUUGUACUGAAGGAAGGACUACCGGCAUACAUUUGGAAUAUUCGCCUGAUAGUACACCUUUCCAACCUGUUUUAUUAUCAGCGGUAGGUUACUGAUAUCAUAAACUACUUUAAAGUUGUGCUGUUUAUCUUUAGUUUCGGGAAAGAUUUUUCCAUGAUCCUAAAGCUACUAUA